AUGACAUCUCAUCUGGAAAGUCUUAAACCAAAAGCUCAUGAACGCAUUCGACAAUUGAAGUAUUGCUUUCGAAAGAUGCUCGAAGCUUCACGAAAUCGAAUUGUCUUUUUUGGUGGCGAUUUAAACCUUCAUGAUAACGAACUCAGACAAGCGGGCGAUAUUCCGACAGGCAUCUACGAUGUAUGGAUCGAGACUGGCCAAAACCUAAGAUAUGCCUAUACAUGGGACAUGAAAUGGAAUACAAAUUUAAGUUUUGAAUCUAGUAAUCCACCUCGUUUUCGUUUCGAUCGACUCUACUUUCGACCGGCAAGAUCGACCAUGUUCAAUUUGAGCCCAGCUUCUUUCAAACUGAAAGGUCAGCAAAUGAUUCCAUCAAUUCAACGCUUCUGCUCAGAUCAUUGGGCAAUUCAAGCUAAGUUUAAAAUUUCACCAUCAAGCUAA